CCCCGCCUGCCAUGCCCUCGGGCGGCCCCCCCGCCGUGCUGCUGCUGGCCACCGUGGGCCUGUGCGUCAGCGAGGAAGCCAUCCACUGCCCGCCCUGCUCGGAGGAGAAGCUGACCCGCUGCAAGGCGCCCGUGGGCUGCGAAGAGCUGGUGCGGGAGCCGGGCUGCGGGUGCUGCGCCACCUGCGCCCUGAGCCAAGGGACGCCCUGCGGGGCCUACACCGCCCGCUGCGGCUCCGGAAAUGCCAAGAUCAGCGUGAGAGCAGCAGGCUUGGGGCCAUUGUACUGCUCAGGAACCGACAAGGAGGAGGUCGACCACCCCAACAACAGUUUCAGCCCAUGCAGCAUCCAGGACCGGAAAUGUCUCCUGAAGCAUCAGGCGAAAACCCGCGACCGGGUGAACAGCGGCGUGAAGAUGAGGAGCAACGGGAACCCGCAGCAUCGGGAGGAGACGCGGCCGAUAGCCCAGGGGUCGUGCCAGAGUGAGCUGCACAGAGCCCUGGAGAGACUGGCCGCAUCCCAGACCCGCACCCACGAGGACUUGUACAUCAUCCCCAUCCCGAACUGCGAUCGCAACGGGAACUUCCACCCCAAACAGUGUCACCCGGCCCUGGACGGGCAGCGUGGGAAGUGCUGGUGCGUGGACCGGAAGACUGGCGUGAAGCUGUUGGGCAGCCCGGAGCCGAAGGGCGACGUGGAUUGCCACCAGUCUGCGGACGGCCUGCGAGAGUGACUCCGCGGCACACAGGGGACAGGGAGAUUUCCUGGGCGACUGGCCGGGGCCACGCAACCUCCUUGGUGCUGUUUCUGCGUGGAGAGGAAGGGGACACGAGCACACACAGACCUUGCUGGGUUCGGGGGACACCGAGAUGUGCUCAUGCCCUAGCGGGACUGCCGGUGCGCCCCUGUACCGCAGCGCCCCCCUGCCCCGUGCCCCCCGCCCUGCGCCCCUUCAUCCCAACUGCAAUUCCACCCUGGGCUCUGUGCACGGACGGGGCGCUCCCUGGCUAAUGGGGGGGGUG